UCGACGGUGACGUGUGAGCGAUGUUCGUUGGGUCUGAGGCCGAUAAAGAUGCGGAUUCGCGGAGGGAGCCACGGAGUCGGCGGCUGGGCGGGGAGGGUUCCUAAAUACUUGGGGAAUGCCUGACUCCUUGAAUACGAACCUGCAGGUCUCGUGUUUUCCGAUCCGAGUCUUUGACCAAGCAAACGCCCCGAUGAACGGCAGCCAUCUUUGUUCAGCGGGAACAGAACGCAUGCGCAAGUCUUCUGGGGACGUGAGGGGUGGGUGGGGCCUCGCAGCUUGUUUCUCAACCAGGUCCUAGUGCUUGGCAUUGAACCUCACUCACCAAACCAGGAUUGUGUUCGGCUGGAUGGGAACUAGCAGGAUAUUAGAAAAGCAUGAUGUACAGACAGGAAACUCAAAUUGAGCGUAGCUACAGGAUCAGAGCUACAACUAGAGACAGAACUACUCGAUUCCUCAGGGCCUGAAUAUCACCUGUCUUUGAAUGUGGGAAGAGAAGUGUUUUUCUGGUCUUGUUGUGUGGGAAGUGUUUUCUAAUAUCACUGUGACUGGGAAAACACAGAGAUGCUCACAGCCGAGUGAGUGUGCCGACUGUGGAAAUCCUGAAGCAACAUUAUAUUCACAGCAGGAAGACAUUAGUACAGGUGUUCUGUGUGGUCCAGCCUUCAACAGAUCAUUCAACGUGAAGCAACACUGACACUAUGGAGAAACCAUGGAAAUGUGCAGACUGUGGGAAGGGAUUCAGUUCUCCGUCCCAGCUGGAAGCUCAUCGGCGCAGUCACACUGGAGAGAGGCCGUUUACAUGUUCUGAGUGUGGAAGGGGAUUCACACUGUCAUCCAGCCUUCAGUUACACCGGCGGGUUCACACCGAUGAGAGGCCUUUUAAAUGCUUUGACUGUGGGAACUGCUUUAAAAUCUCACCAGAUCUAAUUAAACAUCAGCUUGUUCACAGUGAUGAGAGACCGUUUGGUUGCUCUCGCUGUGAGAAGAGAUUCAGACAAUCAUCUCACCUCAUUCAACACCAAAGAGUUCACACUGGGGAGAGGCCAUACAUCUGCUCUAUGUGUGGGAAGGGCUUCACUUCGUCGUCCAACCUGGUAACACACCAACGGGUUCACACAGGGGAGAAGGUGUUCAUUUGCUCUGAGUGUGGUAAGGGGUUUUCUCAGUCAUCCAAUCUGCGGUCCCACCAGCGGGUUCACACUGGGGAGAGGCCAUUCAUCUGCUCUGUGUGUGGGAGGAGAUUUGCUCGUUCAGCUCACUUGCUGACACACCAGCGAGUUCACAAUUGACUACUAGGAUUGGAAUCUGCAGUGUGUUAUCGAAAAUGAGAGAGAGAAACAGGAGUGGGCCAUACCAUUCUGCAAUUCAGUAUAAUCCUGGUUAAUCAUCAGACCUUUUUGCCUGUUCCUAUAUCCCUCAAUUCUCUGGCAAACCAAUACUCUGUUUACCUUAGUUAACCAGAAGGAGGAAAUGAACACUUACCUGAUGAGGCAGCCCUAUGGUCCAUCAAGUCUGUGCCAGCCCAAUCUCCCUUUCCAGCUCCUGCUCUGUGACCUGACACAGGUCAAGUGUAAAUCCAGCACUUUUCAAAUGUGAGGAAACUUUCUGCUUCUCCUGCCCAAUCAGGCAGUGAUUGGGCAUACAAGUCCAUUCACAAUGAAAAUGUUUCUCAAAUCUCUUCUAUUCCAAUUACGUUAAAUUUGCCAUCUAUUAGUUGUUGAUCUCUCUCUCUGCUCAAGAAGGAUGAAUGGACAGGAAAACUGAUGUCAGGCCCUAUUGGUUGUAUUCACAUCUUCCCAGAGUUAAAGAGCUGAACCCAUCAUUCUCCACAAACUCUGUAGUACUGGCAAACUUCUUAAUAACACUCCACUGACCACUUUCCUGUGAUCACAUUAUAACUGGAGCAUGGUGAUUGGAACUGGAUGCUGUCAUCUGAUAUGGUCUGAAAAUGGCUAUGACUGAAUAGAAUCAUUAAGAUCCCUACAGUGUGGAAGUAGGCCAUUCGGUCCAUCAAGGCCCACACUGAUCCUCUGAAGAGCAUCCCAGCCAGACCCACCACCCUACCCUAUUCCUGUAACCCUGCUUUUCCCAUGGCCAAUCCAUCUAACUUGCACAUUUUUGUACUUUUGGGUGGGGGUGGGGGGGGUUGAAGGAAGGACAUGGAACACCUGGAGAAGACCCACACAGACACUAGGAGAAUGUGCAAACUUCACACACACAGUCGCUCGAGGGUGGAAUCAAAUCCACGUCCCUAGGCUGUGAAGCAGCAGAGCGAACAAUUGACUUAGAAUGAGGAACCAAUGAUGUGUAUACAUUAUAUAUAAAGUGUUUAAUAAUUGUAUAAAUAUAGGAAGCUAACAAUCAAGAGGGUGAGAGUUCUAUGGAGUGUGGCUAACUGAAAUAAAGCUCUCAGAAGUUUCAACUUGAA